UGACACAGCGGCGGCGGGAGGCUGAGCCGAGGCAACAGGACAAGGAGGAAGUCACCUUUGUAAACUCACCAAGCAGCCUUUGGUUGCAUUACCUGACACCAAAACACAGCGGAGGGUUCAGUCGCCGCUGUCAUUUGCAGAGUCAUGGCAAGAACCGCUGCUAACGGGAACUUACGGUCACAUUUGAACGGUGUGAAAAACAGAGAUAUCAAGAAAAGUGGUUGUCACAGCGAGAGAGAGAAAAAUGGCACAGGGAAUGGAGUUGCCUUCAGGCAACACAGUCAGGAGUCCUUUGAACAGGCGCCCAUGUAUGUGGCUGUCUUGACAUACCUGGGCUUUGGCAUCGUCACCCUGUUUGGCUACUUCAGAGAUUUCCUCAGAGCUGUGGGCCUAGAGAAGUGCCACCUCGCCCAGGAAAGACAGGAACAGAAGGAUUUUGUGCCUCUGUAUCAAGAUUUUGAGAACUUUUAUACCCGUAACCUGUACAUGAGGGUACGAGACAACUGGAACCGUCCCAUAUGCAGCCUUCCAGGUCCUGUUUUUGACCUGAUGGAGAGGGUAUCUGAUGACUACAACUGGACAUUCAGGUUAACUGGGAAGACAAUACACGAUGUCAUCAACAUGGGCUCGUACAACUACCUUGGUUUUGCUGAAAACAACGCAGACUUCCUGAAGACUGUGGCCGACACAGCGUGCCAGUAUGGGGUAGGGGUGUGCAGCACAAGGCAGGAAAUAGGUAACCUGAGUAUCCAUGAGGAACUGGAGCAACUUGUGGCCAAUUUCAUUGGUGUGGAAUCCUCCAUGGUCUUUGGGAUGGGUUUCGCCACCAACUCUAUGAACAUCCCUGCACUUGUUGGCAAGGGUUGCUUGAUACUGAGUGAUGAGCUGAAUCACACGUCUCUCAUCUUGGGAGCCAGAUUGUCAGGAGCAACCAUCCGUGUGUUCAAACACAACAACAUGCACAGUCUGGAGAAGAUGCUGAGAGAGGCGAUUUGCACAGGGCAGCCUCGCACCCACAGGCCUUGGAGGAAGAUCCUCAUCAUGGUGGAAGGCAUCUUUAGCAUGGAGGGCUCAGUGGUACGACUACCUGAGGUCAUUGCCCUGAAGAAGAAGUACAAGGCCUACCUGUACCUUGAUGAGGCUCACAGUAUUGGAGCUGUGGGAUCAACAGGGAGGGGAGUGACCGAGCUGUUUGGUGUGAACCCAGCCGAUGUGGAUGUGAUGAUGGGCACCUUCACAAAGAGCUUCGGGGCAGCUGGAGGCUACAUCGCAGGGAAAAAGGAGCUGGUGGACUACCUACGUAGCCGCUCCCACAGUGCAGUAUAUGCCCCCUCCAUGUCCCCGCCUGUCGCUGAGCAGAUCAUACGUGCCAUGAAGUGCAUCAUGGGACAUGAUGGGAGCACAGAGGGCAUUAGACGGAUACAGCAACUGGCAGAGAACACCAAGUACUUCAGAGCCAGACUGAAGGAGAUGGGCUUCAUCAUCUAUGGCAACGACAGCUCGCCUGUGGUCCCAAUCCUCCUCUACAUGCCAGGCAAAGUGGUCGCUUUCUCUCGAGCCAUGCUGGAGAGGAGAAUUGGUGUUGUGGUGGUUGGCUUCCCAGCAACACCGAUUACAGAGGCCCGGGCACGCUUCUGUGUGUCUGCAGCACACACCAGAGCCAUGCUAGACCAGGUGUUGCACCAUCUGGAUGAGGUUGGAAAUGCACUCUGUCUGAAGUUCUCACGGCGGAAAUAUUCUCCUCGGCCUGAACUCUUCGACGAGACAGACUUUGAGCUGGACACAGCUGAUGUGACCCAAGACACCUACACUACACAGUGUUAACACUGUGGGCCUCCACACUCCGAUGCCUCAGCCGUCCCAUAAACUGACAUCGUAGAGCAACAUCUCCUGUCUCACAGCACAAUAAGGGCCAAAUGUUGGACAGCUGCUUUGUACCUUACACAUUGUGAUUUAAGAGAACGCUUAUUUAUAUCAGUUGACAAGGGGAACUGUUUUAUUGUUAUUUUUUAUUAUUUUUUUUAAUUAUUAUUUUUACUCAUUGCACAGCCCUAAAACCUUAGUGGAUUAGUUUCCACAUUGGGCAAUGUGUAAAAUGUACUCAGGCACUCAACUUUUAUAUGAAAAAAAACAUAUUGUUAUUUUGAAUUCGAUGAGGUCCUUUGCAAUAUCUGUUGAAAAGAGUUUUUGUUUUUUGCUUUAUUCCUCUAAGAUGAAAAGAAAGUUUUUAAAUAUUCUGUAGCAUAUAGAAUUAAAAAUGGUUUUAUACAGGAAUAUUUUGGUCUUUGUAAAUUGGUAUCAGCCGCCUUGUACUCUUUGUUUAUAAUGUUAAUGUAAAAUAUUAGGGAACAAAAUAGUUUCUCACACAGCAUUUCAUGCAAGGCAUUCCACCUCCACAACUUGAAGUAAUAGUUAAGUUAAGUGAAAAGAGAGUGAAGAGAACUAUUUCCCAUUAGUUUACUUUUGCACAGCUAACAAAUGUUACCAGGAGUCUGAUGUCAUUUUUAAUUAAACAAAAAUGACAGCAUGAAAAUUCUCUGUAUGUUUGUUGCUGGAUUAUUAGUGAAUGUAUAGUGUACAGAAUUGAGAACUUUGCCUUUAAAUUAUGUACAUGUCAUGUGAGAUCAUGAUGAUUUACAGUACUGAUGGCUGAACUGUGCAGUUACUAAAACUGUUUGAACUGAAACCAGUGGAGAUGCCACUACUGGGCUCCACACUGAACUGUUUUUGUAAAAUGUCAACACUAUUUUGAUCUCUAAAGAAAAUGAUAACCUCCCAUAAAUAAUAGAUCAUUCAGCAUUUACUUCUUUGACAUGCAAUUAAAUCUCAACGACCCCUGCGCAGAA